UCUUAUACGUGUAUAUGAGCAACAGAGCAAGAGGCGAGGAACAAGGGACAGAGCCAUGAGGUUUUUAGCAAUAUUACUCGGUUUAAUUCUGGUUUCAGAUCCUCUACGAGUUCAAUCAUGGAGUAAAGAGGGACACAUAAUGACCUGCCGAAUUGCUCAGGAUUUAUUGAAGCCUGAAGCAGCAGAAACAGUUCAAAAUCUGCUCCCUCACUAUGUCAGUGGAGAUUUAUCAGCAUUAUGCACUUGGCCUGAUCAAAUACGACAUUGGUACAAGUACAGAUGGACUAGUCCUCUCCAUUUCAUUGACACCCCAGACGAUUCUUGCUCCUUUGAUUACAUGAGGGAUUGUCAUGAUCCUAAAGGAUUGGAGGACAUGUGUGUUGCCGGUGCAGUUAGUAACUUCACUACACAAUUGAUGCACUAUAAAGAAGGGACCUCUGAUCGCCGAUAUAAUCUGACUGAGUCCCUGCUAUUUUUAUCACAUUUCAUGGGAGAUAUUCAUCAGCCCAUGCAUGUCGGAUUCACAAGUGAUGAAGGGGGAAACACUAUAAAUUUGCGUUGGUUUAGGCAUAAGUCCAAUCUUCACCAUGUCUGGGAUAGGGAGAUUAUCCUUACUGCAUUGGCAGAUUAUUAUGAGAAGGACAUGGAUGCCUUUCAACAAGACUUGCAGAGAAACAUCACCAAAGGGAUUUGGUCUGAUGAUACUUCAUCUUGGGAAGAUUGUGAUGAUUUUCUCUCUUGCCCAAAAAAAUGGGCUUCAGAGAGCAUAAAUUUAGCAUGUAAAUGGGGUUAUCACGGAGUUGCACAAGGAGAAACUCUCUCAGAUGAAUACUUCAAUUCUCGGAUGCCCAUUGUCAUGAAAAGGGUUGCUCAAGGUGGAGUGAGGUUAGCCAUGAUUCUGAACAAAGUUCUUGGUGAACAUAGCCAUCGUCAUGAACUAAUGGCACCAACCUAAAGUUAGGAAUUAUUUGCCACUGAAAUGUGGGAUUAUAUUGCCUUCGUAAAAUUUGUGCAAGGAAGUGUAGAAAAAGAAUUCUUUGUCAAUGACAGUAACAAAACAAAGUUCCAGUCUUUCAGAUAAAUUCUAUGUUGUAUACUUGUAUAUUAAUGUUGUUUCUGUAAAAUGUAAAAUGUUGUAUAUUUAUUCAUUAGAGUAUAUAUGCUAGGUACAUAGUCUGAAAUAGUUGGAUAUU